AUGGAAGCAUGCCUGUCCUAUUUUUCCUGUAACGAAGUUGCUCCUAGUGGGAGGCAAAGUACACGUGGGCAGCGAAGGGCAGAGCCUGAAGCACCCCCCUGUGGAGAUGUAGAGAAAGCGAUGGAAAAAGAGAACCGGAGAGAGAACAGAUUGUUGGCAUCUGUCAUAUACAUUAUGUUCUUUGAGGAUCAGUUUAAAAAUAAUAGGAAGAAUGUAUGCAGCACAUGGGGGAACUUUCACUUUAAGACCUUCGAUAAUGAAUUAUACCAGUUCAAAGGAGGCUGUACCUACAACUUACUUUCUCACUGCCAGGACUCCUAUCAAGAGUUCUCUGUAUUCAUUAAACGUGACAUAGUCGAAGGACAUCCUCUCAUCGACAAGAUCACCAUUAGCAUCAAGGAUGUAAUCAUUAAUCUGAGGGGCAAAACCGUGUUUGUAAACAAUCAACUAAUUACAGAACCCUACUACAACUAUGGAAUUCUGAUCUACAAUAAUACAGCGUACCUCAAUGUACAAACCAAAGUGGGUCUGAACAUAUUUUACAAUCAAGAAGAUGCAGUUAUGUUGGAGCUAGACCCUAAAUUUAUGAACAAAACAUGUGGCUUAUGUGGAGAUUAUAAUGGAGUUUCCAGAUAUACUAACUACACCAUUUUAGAAGAUGUAUUACUGUAUCCUAUUGAAUUUGGAAACUUACCAGUUGUGCAAAACACAGAUGAAUGUUGGCCUGUAACAGAAGACCAGCAACAAACCCUGUCAGAUUGCUCUCAACAUAUCCCAGUUUGUAAGCAGUAUCUGGAGCAAUCUGCAUUUGAUACCUGCACCAAGUCCCUCAUGCAAGAAGACUUUUAUAUCUAUGCUUGUGUGCUGGACAUGUGCUCCUGUGGCCAAUACCAAGACAGUUUCUGCCUCUGCAGUACAAUUACGGAGUACUCUAAACAGUGCUGCCAUUCUGGAGGAAAACCAGAUGAGUGGAGAAAUAACACAUUUUGUUCUAAGAAGUGUCCAGGAAAUAUGAUUUAUAAAGAAAGUGGCUCCACUUGCAUGAACUCAUGCUCCCACCUGGAAAGCCCAACCCCUUGUGAGGAACAUUUUAUGAAUGGCUGCUUUUGUCCUGAAGGCACAGUAAGGGAUGACUACAACUGGAGAGGCUGUGUGAAUGAAAGUGAGUGCUACUGCAAAUAUGCAGGAGAACUGUAUGCCCCUGGAAAAUCAAUUAUCCACAGCUGUGAAACAUGCAAAUGUAUAUCGGGAAGGUGGAACUGCACAGAGGAACCAUGCCCUGCAUUAUGUUCUAUUGAAGGUGGAGCUGAUUUCACUACAUUCGAUGAGAAAAAGUACACAUUCCAUGGAAACUGUUACUAUGUGCUGUCACAGGCAAGAUAUUUCUUUGGCACGGACUUUGUUAUCCUGGGAGAGCUGACACCUUGUGGUAUCAGUGAGAGAGACACAUGUCUUAAAACUAUUAGUCUUCUAAUGGACAAUAAUCAAAACGUUCUCUCAAUUAAGGCAGAUGGCAAUGUUUUACUGAAUGACCUGAAAAUAACCCUGCCACAUGUUACAGCAAAUAUUUCUGUUACGGAGUAUUCAAACGCUUACAUAUUAUUGGAUACAUCAUUUGAUGAAAAUGUGAUAUUUAUUAAGUUAAAUCCUAAAAUGCAGUUGUAUAUCACAGCUGGAGUAGAUGCUAUGGGAAAACUUAAAGGUCUUUGUGGCAAUUUUAACUUUAAGGAAAGUGAUGAUUUUGAAGGAUCUGGAGGUCUGGUAGAAGCAACAGCAUCAGCCUUUGCCAACACCUGGAAAGCCCACCCUAGUUGCCAGGACAGAGUAGACUGGCUAGAUGAUCCAUGCCAUAUCAACAUUGAGAAAUGUAAGUAUGCUGAAUAUUGGUGUUCUUUACUUGAAAAUACAAACACUCCCUUUUCCCCCUGCUAUGGAGUAGUAAAUCCCUCAGACUAUGCCAAGAGGUGCCGUUACCAUACUUGUAACUGUGAGAACAGUGAGAUCUGUAUGUGCGCAGCUUUGUCCUCUUAUGCCACGGCUUGUGCAAUAAAAGGAAUUAUUUUGAAAGACUGGAGAAAAGGCAUCUGUGAUAAAUACAUUACCGCUUGUGAACCAUCCCAGAUCUACUUAUAUAGUCUCACAACAUGCCCACUGAAAUGCCAGUCUCUAGCAGAAGAAGAAGUCUGUAUCCCAAAGUUACUUCCCGUUGAUGGUUGUGGGUGCAAAGCUGGAGAGUACAUGAAUGAAAAUGAAGAAUGUGUACAGAUAUCACAGUGCUCAUGUUACUAUGGCGGCAUGUACCUUAAACCACAGGAAAUAAUCUACAAACAAAAUGAGCGCUGUAUUUGCCAUGAUGGAAAGCUUUUCUGCACAGCUCAUUUUGAAGAAUCUUGCCCUGAAGGAAAGAUCUACUUGAACUGCUCCAUUACCCCCAAUUCUGUGACAGCAAAGCAUAGUACCUGCCAGACCCUAAAUUCAGAAUAUUUCAGAAAAGAGUGUAUCUCAGGAUGUGUAUGUCCCGAAGGGCUUGUAGAUGACGGAAAAGGUUCAUGUGUUCCAGAAGAGCAAUGUUCUUGUGUUCAUGACAAGCAGUUUCUCCCUGAUGGAUCUCAUAUUAAGGUGGACUGCAAUACAUGCAUUUGCAAGGGUGGCCAGUGGAUAUGCUCUGAUUAUGCAUGCUAUGGAACAUGUACAGCAUAUUCAGAUGGCCAUUACAUCACGUUCGAUGGAAAAAUAUAUGAUUUUCAGGGAACCUGUGAAUAUGUGGUUGCCCAGGACUACUGUGGACACAAGCCUGCCAAUGGAACAUUUAGCAUCACUACAGAGAGCAUCCCAUGUGGUUCCACUGGAAUUGCAUGCUCAAAAGCAAUAAAGAUUUUCAUAGGGAAUACAGAGCUGAAAUUGGAAGAGAAGCAGAUGAAAGUAAUCCAGGGCACAGCUGAUGACCAUCUUCAUUAUCAAGCUCAUGUACAUGGCAAUUACCUGGUUAUCUUAAUAAGGAAGGGGGUAUACCUAAUUUGGGACAAGAAAACCUCAAUAUUUAUCAGAGCAUCUCCAGAAUACAAGGGAAAACUCUGUGGUCUUUGUGGAAACUUUGAUGAUAAAUCCAGUAACGACUUUACAAUAAACAAUAUACUGCAUGUUACCAAUAUAAUAGAGUUUGGAAACACAUGGAAGGUCAAUCCGGCUUGUCCCGAUGUCAUUGAAAAGAUUGAUCCUUGCACUUUGACCCCACAUCGCAGGUCUUGGGCAGAGAAAAAGUGCAGUUUAAUAAAGAGCGAUGUGUUUAAAAGCUGCCACAACAAGGUGGAUCCAACACCGUUUUUUGAAAACUGUGUCAGUGAUGCCUGCUUCUGUGAUGUUGAUGGGGACUGCGAGUGCUUCUGUUCUGCGGUGGCUGUAUAUGCACAUGAGUGUAUUAAGGCAGAAGUCUGUAUCUAUUGGCGAACACCAGACAUAUGUCCCAUAUUUUGUGAUUACUACAAUCCUCAUGAAGAGUGCGAGUGGCAUUAUUACCCAUGUGGCAAUCACACUAUACAAACCUGUUCCUCUAUGGAUGUGGUUAAUGAAAAUAUCACAUUCACUUACUUAGAAGGCUGUUAUCCAUCAUGUCCCCCUACAAAGCCUUAUUUUGAUGACAUACUGGGAAUAUGUGUUGAAGUGUGCGGAUGCUAUGUCAAGGGCACUUACUAUAAGUAUAAUGAAAAAGUGCCCUCCGAAUAUCCAUGUCAAGAAUGCUACGACACUUCCAACAAGUAA